AUGCAAUCAAGGAGUGCAGCGCAGCGCGAUGGCGUGCGCAAACGGCCCCGUAAGAUCUGGUCGUGCCUCGAGUGUAGGCGCAAGAAGCUCCAAUGCGAUCAUGGCUUACCUGCGUGCGGUCGAUGUACGCGGGCGGGCUCUGCUGCCAACUGCGUCUAUGCUACCGUAACUCCAACAACCUCCGACUCAAACAACGCUCGAGCAACUUCGGAUCAGAUUACCGUCGUUGAGGGUAGUAGACGUCCAGGUGCAACUAAUCAGCCUGGUCGGACUGUUGAUUCUGAACUGUUGUCUCGGUUGGAGUCCUUGGAAGAAAAACUUUGGAGCUUCCAGACAUCCCCAAGUUUACAGAGCGUGCAGCGCACACGACAGACAGAUGGAUCUGGUCAGCUACCUUCACCUGAGGGAACAAACGAAGAUACCGACACAGUCGCGGGCGGUGCUAUCGACACAACGCAUAUACUACUGCGUGGCUCUGCCUUUCGAACCAAGUUCAAUGGCAAUACUUGCACAGUCACUCUGGCUGAGCACGUCCCAGGAAUCAAUACGUUCAAGAAGGACGCACUGGCCACCUUCCCAGCUUUCGAUCAAGUCCAGCAAUAUCUCAACAAGACAGAGAACCGUACAACCUUGACACCGUUCAAGCCUGACCUAAGUCCCGAUGAAAAUGUUAAAGUACUACUCCCGCCACAAGCAGAGGCGGAUCGGCUGGUACGCAUAUACAAGGAGAGCUUCGACUACAUUUAUCCUAUUUUGCAUGGCCCAACGUUUGAUGCAUCAUAUGCCCAGCUGUGGUCCGGCACAGACGAGGUAGACACACGAUUUGUGGCUGUGGUGAUACUCAUCAUUGCCAUUUCCGACUGCUUGACGUCGACCCCAUUCACCUCAACAGCCUCGACAGGACAGGUAUCGCGCGCCAAAGCCACACUGAUCCUAGACACAGUUGAGCAAUGGGUCCACCACAAGGUGUAUCAAUAUGAGUCGAUACUCGACUUCCAGAUCCAAUUCUUGCUUCUUUUGGGGCGGCAGCUCAACGGCAAGAGAAACAAGCGCACAUGGGCCAAUGCUGGUGGUGUGGUUCGCACAUUCAUGUGUACGGGCAUGCAUCGCGACCCUGAUGAGCUGGCUCGAGAGACCACUGAUGUUGACCGGAUGAUGCGACGACGGCUAUGGGCGGCCGCGAUCGAGUUUGAGUUGCAAGCCGCUUUCGAGCAUGGUAUGCCUGCUUGCCCUUGGGCCGUUCACAGUGACAUUGGCCCUCCUCUCAACGUUAAUGACGAUGACUGUGAGAACGUUCUGCCGCUCAGUUCAUUCACAAAGACCUCAUUCCUCGCGGUCUCGUGGAAAUCACUCAACCUUCGACACCAGCUUUGCUCUACCCUCAACGACAUGAACAGCGCGAUGACGCCUCACAGUAGAGCAGUCACCUACACCGACACACUGAAGCAACUCCACCAGGCAUGCCCCAAGUGGGACACCGUCGAAGCCGCAGCAGCCCGCGCUCUCCUCUGCAUUAACAUCCACCAAUUCAUCCUCGCAAUCCAUGAACAGCAACUCCUCAACUCCACCUCCUCGGUCGAAAAACAACUCUCCCGCAUGAUCAUGGUCGACAGCGCCACACAAAUGCUCGACGCCCACAAAGCCGCCCGCGACAGCGGCAGCGACCUCGUCGAACUCCUCUACAACGACCACAUGCGCGCCGCGCUCUCCAUCUGCCACGCCUACAUCACCGCUGACCCGCUCGCCGACCGCUUCCUCAUCUCCGCCAUCGACCAUACCAUCAGCCGGGUCAUGGACAACGCCAUCGCAAUGUACACGGAGAAAGUCAUGCGUUUCGGCGGCAGCAAGCUCGACCUGUGGUACAUCUGCGCCGCGGACGGCCUGAUGAAAGCCACUGCGGAACCCACGCAACGCGCGACGUUCGUACAGAGAGCCGUGGAUCAUUUUACUCGGCCGUUCUAUCGGCUCAUGGCUCUCACGCGCGAUCCGAUGCUCUCGUCGAUUGCACAGCAGGCGGGUGGUGCUGCUAGUAAUGAGCAGAUUUUGCCUUUGGUUCCGCGACCGGAUGAUACGAUUGCGAGUGAACGGCUGGAGGAUAUGUCUUUGCCUGGGUUUGGGGAGUUGGCGGAGUGGACGUUUGAUGACUUUUCGUUUGAUCCGAACGAUUUUUUGGAUUUGGGGAAUCAGAUGUAG